AUGCUCGACCUCAAUGACUUCAUCGCCGAGCGCGGCGGUGACCCUAACAAGAUCAAGGAGAGCCAGCGCAAGCGAUUCGCUCCCGAGGAGGCGGUGGAUGAAGUGAUCGCGCUGUACGAGGAGGCCCGGAGAGCUCGGUAUGAGGUUACCCAGAUUGGUUCGCUGCUGAAUCCGCUUCUCAAGCAGAUUGGAAUGAAGAAGAAGAACAAGGAGGAUGCAAGUGAUUUGAUGAGCCAGAAGGCAGACUUGGAGAAGCGCAAGAAGGACUCUGAGGAUGCCGCUGCUCAGAAGGAAGCGGAGCGGGACCGCAAGAUUCGUGCGAUUGGAAACUACGUCCACGAAUCGGUGCCUGUGAGCAACAACGAGGAUGAUAACACGAUUCUCAAAACCUGGGCACCUGCGAAUGCCGUUAUGGAACGCCCCAACUGCCUCUCCCACCACGAGGUCUUGACCCGCAUAGAUGGUUAUGAUCCGGAGCGUGGUGUCAAGGUCGUUGGACAUCGAGGAUAUUGCUUGACGGGAUACGGCCUGUUCCUCAACCUGGCCCUCGUCAACUAUGGUCUGGAGUUCCUCUUCAACAAGGGCUACACCCCCAACCAGCCCCCGCAGUUCAUGCUCAAGGACCUCAUGGCGAAAACGGCCCAGCUCGAGCAAUUCGACGAGGAAUUGUACAAAGUCACAGAAAGCGAGGAUAAGUCCACGGACAAGUAUCUCAUUGCCACCUCGGAACAACCUUUGUCUGCACUGCACGACAGCGAAUGGCUGCAGGAGAAGGACCUGCCCAUCAAAUACGCCGGGUAUAGUACGUGCUACCGAAAAGAAGCCGGUUCUCACGGGAAGGAUGCAUGGGGUAUCUUCCGUGUCCACCAAUUUGAGAAGAUUGAGCAAUUUGUCCUGACCAAGCCGGAGGAUUCGUGGCAAGCCUUCGAGGAUAUGAUGGCUACGUCCGAGGAGUUCUACCAGUCCCUGGAACUGCCGUACCACGUCGCGGCUAUUGUCUCCGGUGCAUUGAACAAUGCCGCUGCCAAGAAGUACGAUCUGGAGGCUUGGUUCCCGUUCCAGCAGGAAUACAAGGAGCUCGUGUCGUGCUCCAACUGUCUUGACUACCAGUCCCGCGCGCUGGAGAUUCGCUUUGGCGUCAAGAAGGCGACCGAUUUGAAGAAGACCUAUGUGCAUGCCCUGAAUGCGACCCUAUGUGCUACCGAACGAACCCUUUGCUGCAUUCUGGAGAACUAUCAGAGAGAAGAUGGCAUUGAGGUCCCGAAGGUGCUGCGCAAGUACAUUCCGGGUGCACCCGAGUUCCUUCCUUACACUAAGGAGCUUCCUAAGGAUUCGACCUCGCAAAAGGCCAAGGGGAAGAAGGCGGACAAGCCGGCGGCGAGUGCUGCGGAUGCCGCCCAGAAGAUGCAGGACCUGAAGGUUUAG